AGCAGUUUAUAUAAUGAUGUGUAUUAACUAUUGCAAUUAGUACUAACUUCAAAAAUUAAGCCUAAUACUAAUAGUACUACUUUUCUGGAUGUUGUAUUGAAUGGAAUUAUCUGUAAAUGUAAUACUAGUUGAUAGCAGUGGGUAGUUGGGAAUGUUUUUUACAUUGAAAUUAAGUAUAACGCUUCGACUAGUAAUGCAGUCAUAUUCAAGUACAAACACGGAACAAAUUAAAUUGAAAUAAUCUAAUACUUAAAAAUAAUUUUUUAUCUGUAACUUAUAACACUGAGCCCUGAAGUGUACCCCGCUUGUGACACACAUAUAAUUUAAGAACAAUAAAAAACCUAUUGGUCUGUAUAGCCUGUCUCAUCCAUUAAAGUAAACUUUAAAAAUUAAAACUGAACACUCACAGUCAGCCCUUGUCAUUCAGAUUUUUAUCAAGCCUUCCUUUAAACUCUGUUAGAUUAACAGCAUAUACCAGAUCUGAAGGCCAACCAAAUAUUAAUCCAGCUUGACUGAACUCUAUUUUUUCAGAACUCUUUGUUUUCUUCUACCCAGCCAGAUUUCAAGCCAACUUAUCUCUAACAUCUACAGAUAGGGUUACCAAACAUCCCAGUAAUUUUUUUAUCUUUAUCAGAAACAAGGGGCUACCAUCUUGUCAUGGUGGAGCAGCUUGAAUGACUUUGUGACUGUGAUACCUAUGCUGACAAGAAUCUUGUACUCCUGGCAAGGUCUUUCAAGCCAAAAAGAUUAACGGUAGAGGCCUGAUGAAACAUGGUCCCUUAGUCCUUCAAGUUGGGCAUAAGGAAACACUAGCUAACCUUGAGAGACAGAUAUAUGCCUUUGAAGGAAGCUAUUUGGAAGAUACUCAACUAUAUGGAAAUAUCAUCAGAGGAUGGGAUAGAUACUUAGCUACAAACAAGAACACCAACAGUAAGGCUGAUAAGAGAAACAGAAAGUUCAAAGAGGCUGAGCGGUUAUUUUCAAAGUCUUCCAUAACAUCUAUGGCAGUAGUGAGUGGGAUCAUUGAAAAGGAAGAAAAGGAACAUGAGAGUGAAACAGAAUCACAGAAUGCUAAUAGUGGAAGUGAUGAUGUUGAAAAGACACAAGCUAUCCCCAAUUCUGCUUCCAAAGCAAACACAUCAAGCAGCAGUAGUUCAAGUAGCUCAAGUUCCUCUGUAAUAAAUGAAAGUCAAACUCCAACAGGUAACCCACCAUCUAAAAUUCUUAAAAUGAGCACAACUCAAAGAAUGAAGAAGACCUCUAAGAAAGCAAGACAGAAAAGGGAAGCUCAAGAAGGGCAGAGGCUAGGAAAUGAAGCUGAAUUCAAAAUCCUAAUAUUUUGUCAAGUUUUCAGUUACAGCAUAACUUUUAAGCCUCUACAAAACCUUGAGUAGAUUAUUGAACAGAACCAUUUUGAGAUGUACCAAUGUGAUCCCCAUUCUUGCAAUCACAAAGUCUGUUGUAUUCAAAUAUCUUAACUUAACAACAUUUGUAGGUGAUGCUUUGAGAUUACAGACACAAUCCUGAGUUGUUUUUUAUGAAGCUUUCUUGCUUAGCAGGUGAAUUUUUAACAACUGAUAAUGUACAGCAAUUUUGUAUCAUAAACACUCCUGACAUCAUGAUUUCAUUAUGUAUUUGUUUUAAUUUGUUGUCUUCAUCAUUUCUUUGUAACUUGCCUGAGUUUUGUGCUACAGGAACACAUUUCUUCAUGUAAUAACUUUUUGACAUUUUGCUGCUCCUUUGUUAUGAAUAUAGCUAUCAUUACAUUUUAACUGAGGUGAUUAAACAGUGCAUUCUACAAAAUAUAUAUGUUCAACUAUUCCAUGAAUAAAAAUGUUAUGUUUUAUA